AUGUUUAUCGGUACAGACGAGUGCCCUAUAGAUUUCCUGCCCGAGAUGCAAUUCUGUGCAGCCCAAGGAAUGGAUCAUAGAAAGUGCUGCGCUAGCAGUGGCGUUAGCGGCUCAUCAGCCGGUGAGAAGUGUCUGACAUUCUGUGAUCAAAGACCCGAUCACUACACUCCAAUUGACUACAGCUAUGCUCCAUGCUACGACAGGUAA